CAUGGAUUGAAAAAUAGUGUGUUCUGUGGAGAGCCCCUUCUGAAAUUCAAAUUGAGACUAAAUGUCUUAUUUUGAGAGAGAUGAGUUAUGGUUCUUGCAAUCACAAGCUUUUUCAGUACCUUCAAGAAGGAGUUUCAUACACCAUGUAAUGGUCUCAUAUUUAAUUGUACAUGGAAUGGUAUCACUUUCCACUGCUGUGAACAGUUCUUACCUCUGGAUACAGAAAUUGGUCUUUGCUUUGCAAUUAACAGCUGGCAAACAAACCAUCUAAGAUACAAUGCAUCUCCUCUUAAUAUGAUAUCAGAUGCUAACACAGGGCCAGGAAGAUUGUAUUUUGAAAUUGGAGCACCAGUCAUGGUAUAUGUUUUAGCAACUCAAGAAGUACCUACAAUAAAUACACCUGAAUAUCGGUACUUUUUUAUGAAACCAGGCAGGCAGGUGCAGCACAGAUACUCUGUGAAGGAAGUGGAAAAUGAUCAAGCUGUACAUGAACUAACAAUAAAACAGAGACACUGUCGAUUUCAUUAUGAAAAUUAUGACAAUGGCCUUUAUCCGUAUUACGCUUACUCUGUGUGUAUAACCGAAUGCCGUAAAAAAGCACAGCUUCACCUCUGUAACUGUGCAAGUCAUCAGUUACCAAACAAUAAAAGAGUCUGUAACCUAUCAGGGAUUGUGUGCAUAAAUGAUCAUCAUGCAUAUUUAUCUAUACUCCGAAACAAGGAAAGUUCUAAAAAUGCACUUCUGUGUACUUGUGAGCAAAGUUGUGAAGAUCAGUUAAUUACUCGCACAUAUGGUACAAUAAGAAUGUUAAAAAGUCAGCAUGGUGCAUUAGAAAUAAGUCUUCAAAGCCUGCCUUAUGAAAGACUCAAAAGAACUGUAGUGAGAAGCCAUUUGGAUAUGGUGGUGUAUACAGGAGCUGUUGCUGGUCUGCUGGUUGGAGCUAGCUUGCUCAGCUUUGUUGAAAUUCUGUAUCACAUCACAAUACGCAUCUACUGGACUAUUUACAAAAGAGCACAGCAGAAAUAAGAAUAAAGAGACCAAAUCUACAAAUAAUGUAGGACAAAGAUCAACUAGCUUCAGUGCAUAGUGACAAUAAAACUCAGUAAACAAAUAUUAUUAUUCAAGGGAAAAAUUCUCUUUCAGUGUACUAAUGUAUUUUAAUUAUUGGAAUGGCCUAUCACUUUUAAUUUGUCGGUUACAAUCUAAAACCACUUUAUGUAGCUUGCAUUUCUCUCUGAUGCAAAUCUCUUAUGUCUUUGCUACUAUUUCUACUGAAAUAACAUCUGAAGUCAGUAAGGUAUUACCCUCUUAGCAAUAGCUAUAGGUUUCAGUCAUCAAUCUAAGGUAGAAAUUGCAGCAAAGUGGAAACACACUGAAUGAGUUUGCAAAGAGAUAAUCGGGAGAACAGGAGCAGGAACACUUCAACCUUCACACAAACAGAAAAAUUUUCACUGCUAUGCAGUUUUCUUUUUCAAUAUGGUUUCAGCGCAACUGAAAUGUUUGUGAACUCCAGGUUUAGAAAACUAGAUUGAAAUGCUCCCUGUAGUACAGCAUUUUUACUCUAUAUGCUCUUACAAUAAUUUAGAGUUCGUUUGCUGUAUUUUGUUACACACAUAUAUCACUAAUUAUUUGUUUUGUGUUUAUUUCUAUAAGGAUUUUGUGAGUGAUUUAAGUUGCAUA